AUGGCCUGCACUGUUGCAAUGUACGAUGGUACCAUCAAAAAAGAGGAAGUAAUCCUGAAAUUGAAAGUUAUUAAGCCAGAAUUUAAUGAGAAUACAAAUAGAAAGAACAAUGAAGUUGCAGAACACACUCAAUCAAAGAAAGAAAGUAAGAUCAAGCCAAGGGAAGAAAUAGAAAAACAUCGCUACAACGCGAGACUGGUGCUGCUAAAUUCUAAUGCAACUCCAAUUCGAGCUUAUCACGGGAUAGGCUACUGUUGUAGCUUCUGCACUGAACAAUUUGCAAGCCCGGCAAAUUUGAAAAAGCACACUUUAAACGAACAUGACGACAAUUCCAAAUCAGAGUUCAUGAAAGGCAGUGUCAUAUCGAAAUACUUCGCUAAAUUCGAUAUCACUGGUCUUCGAUGUAAAAUUUGUGGUCGCAGUAUCGAUACUUUAGAAGAUCUGUUUGAACAUUUAAAGACUACACAUUACAAAAAGAUACACACCGACAUAAAUAAUCAUAUACUGCCGUUUAAAUUUGAAAAUGAAGAUGUAAUUAAGUGUUUUAUGUGUUCGAACGAGUUCAUCAAUUUUAAAGGACUAUUGGAGCAUAUGUCUACCCAUUAUAAGAAUUAUACUUGUGACAAAUGUAAUGCUGGGUUUGUUAAUCGUGCACUGCUUUAUCAUCAUUCUCGUAUUCACAUUACUGGCAAUUUUAAGUGUAACGCCUGCGAUUUAGUGUUGGAAACAUUGCCAAAAUUGAACUAUCAUAAGAGAAAAAUACAUAAAAACACUUACCCGUAUAAAUGUGGUUAUUGUAUCGAAGGGUUUUCGGACCAUAGACGGAGAAUAGAGCAUUUGGCUGUUGUUCAUGGAAUAAAGAGAACACUGGCCAAAUGUCAGGCCUGCGAUAAAUCGUUCACGACCGUUCGAGGUUUGAAAUUGCAUUUGAAGAGAUACCAUUUAUUAGAAAAGGAUCAUAAGUGUAGUCAGUGUACAAAGAGGUUCUUUAGCGCUGAGGAAUUGAGCCAUCAUAUGGUGAAACAUACUGGUGUGAAGCAGUUUCGGUGUGCCAUCUGCUUCAAGUCAUACGGAAGGAAGAAGACGCUUAAGGAACAUAUGAGGAUACACAAUAAUGAUCGCAAGUUUAAAUGUCAACACUGCGGACAGGCUUUCGUGCAGAAGUGCAGCUUAAAAGGACAUCUGAGAUCUAAACACGGGAAGAUGUGA